AUGAUCUCCACCACUUUCUGUGCACUACUGCUUGCGUCGGUCCUGCAGGCGAGCUGCCUCGACAAUGGGCAGGCUAGAUCGCCUGCUCUUGGCUAUAACACCUGGAAUGCUUACGGAGGAGACAUUGAUGAGGACCUCAUUCGAGCAACAGCAGACUUGAUGGUCAGCUCUGGACUGAAAAAAGCUGGUUACCAUUACCUUGUCAUUGACGAUGCUUGGUCCAACCUCCAGCGCGAUGAUCAAGGCAGACUACAUGCCAAUAGUGACCGCUUUCCCUCAGGAAUGAAAACCAUGGCCGACUAUGUUCACUCAAAGGGCCUCAAAUUUGGAAUGUACAGCGAUGCUGGGUCGCAUACAUGCCUUGGGUACCCCGGCAGUCGCUACCAUGAGAAGGAAGAUGCUGAAUCAUUUGCGGAUUGGGGCGUGGAUUUCUUGAAGUAUGACAAUUGCUGGGCGCCAGCAUCUGAUUGGGUCAUAGAUCGCUAUACCGCUAUGCAUACAGCUCUCAAUGGCACAGGGCGACCAAUACUAUACUCCAUGUGUGAUUGGGGGGUUGGUGAUCCGUGGCUUUGGGCGCCCAAGAUUGCUAAUUCCUGGAGGACGACAGGCGACAUCAGCCCAAACUGGGAGAGCAUGCUUCGGUGUCUUGACAAUACUAUUGGCUUGUCCAAAUACGCCAAACCUGGGGCAUGGAAUGACCCGGACAUGCUGGAGGUGGGCAAUCCAGGCUUGACGGAGCAGGAACAAAGGGCAAAUUUUGCGUUAUGGGCUGUCCUCAAAUCGCCCCUCAUGGUGGGGACAGACCUGCGCAGACUCAGUAAAACAGCGUUGGAGAUCCUGACAGCCGAGGAGGUCAUUGCAGUGAACCAGGACAAACUAGGGGUUGCUGGGGACCUAGCUUCUAGCAAUGCUCGUCAGGUGUAUGCCGGCCCUCUGGAGGACGGCAGUCGAGCAGUGGUGCUCUUCAACCGCCACACAUCUGGAACUCAGUACCCGCUCUCCAACGUCACUGUCCAAUGGCAGGAUCUUGGUAAGGGCUGGAUCUGUUUCAGCUGA